UAUUAAUGUACUGUAAUUUAAUUAAUGUACUUAUUUAAUUAUAGCAAAUAUUGUCGUUUAAUAAAUUACUGGUCGGAGCGUAAUAUCUCGGGUCCGAAACCCAUACCAUAUUUUGGCAAUACUUUAAGCCCUAUUCUAAAAGGCAAACAAUGUGUUGAGAUGGAGUGGUAUAAGACUUACGGCCGAUUAUACGGGGUUUAUGAGUUUGCAAAACCCGGCCUACGGGUGUCGGACCCGGUGCUCAUUAAACAGAUUCUGGUGAAAGACUUUCACACAUUCCGUAAUAGAAGGCAAGACGCGGACAAAAUUGCAGUUUUUAAAAACACACUAAACCGGGCCAGAGAUGGCCACUGGAAACGCAUCCGAGCGCUAAUCAGUCCAACAUUCACUUCGGGUAAACUCAAACACAUGUAUCCACUCAUCAACGAGUGUUGCCGUGACUUCUUGGCCGCACUCAACACAGACGUGUCCACCGGUCGGACGGAAGUCGAGUUGAAAGAAAUUAUGGGCGCCUAUAGUAUGGAUGUGAUCGCCAGCUGUGCCUUCGCCACCAAAACCAACACUUAUUCAAAUCCCAACAAUCCGUUUACGACUAAAUGCAAAGCAAUGUUUAUCGAAAGACCGUUUAUAUCAUUUUUAUCACUCAUUUUACCUACAUUUAUCAUUAAUAAUAAACUAUGGAAAGUCAUGGUAAAAGAUCCCGAUCUCUACGCUAAGUUUUUUCUUGAUAUUUCUCGGGACUUGAUAUUUGAGCGCAAAAAUUCGGGCAAAACAUACAAUGAUUUCCUACAGUUGUUGAUAGACGUGGAGAGAGAGGACAGCAACACGACUACGGGUGCGGACUCUGUGGCCAGCGAUGCACUGGAAGGACAUCACGUGAAUGAAGGCGUCGACGAACAGAUGGCAGAGAAACAGGCGUUGAGUGGAGUCGUGGAGAAGAAGUUAACUGAAAAAGAAAUUCUUGGCCAAUGUUUUCUAUUCUUUGCCGCCGGUUAUGAGACAACGGCCACAACUCUGUCGUAUUGUGUCUAUGAGUUGGCACUCAAUCCCGAUAUUCAGGACCUGUUGGUGGCGGAGACCAAAGAGGCGUUUAAUUAUAAGGGAAACAUAGACUACGACACCCUUUGCCGACUCCCACUCCUCGACGCCGUCUUAUCGGAAACUUUACGACAUUAUCCGCCAGUACUUAGACUGGAGAGGGAAGCCAUGGAUGACGUGGUGUUAACUAGAGGUGGAAAUGAAUCAAUUAAAAUAGAAAAGGGUGUUUCAAUGGAAAUACCUAUAUAUUCCAUACAUCACGACCCCGAUCACUAUCCCAAUCCGUUUGCCUUCAAACCCGACCGGUUUUUGCCCGAAAAUCGUCAUAACAUCAAACCCUAUACAUACCUACCGUUCGGCUCCGGACCCCGUAAUUGCAUUGCUAUGCGCUUUGGAUUACUUGAGGCCAAACUAGUGUUGGCCAAAAUGAUACAACAAUUCCGUUUCUAUUCGGUGCCCAACACUGAUGUGCCCGUUGUGUUCAACGCGGGAUCCAUUCUUUUGGAGCCCAAGAGACUUGUUGUGGGCGUUGGGUUGCGUUGA